UUCAAGAGAUACAACUUCCAAAUAAAGAAAGUAGUAAUGUUCUUUGUGAUGAUGAUGGUUGGAUGAUCAUUCAGCGUCGAAUUAAUGGAGAACAAGAUUUUGAUAAAAAUUGGCAAGAAUACGUGGAUGGAUUUGGAGACUUCAAUGGGGACUUUUGGUUUGGAUUGGAAAAACUGCAUCUGUUGACAAGUUCAGAUCGUCACCAGCUAAAUAUUUCAAUGACAAGUUAUGGGCUUACAAGUUUUGUGGAAUAUGACGACUUUCGUAUUGGUAAUUCAGAGUCUCUUUACGAAUUGGAGUCAUUAGGAACAUUUAUAAUGGGAAGCAAGAUAUAUCCAUUUAACAAAAAUUCGUUAAAAGCGAAAGUAAAUAAGAAAUUUUCAACAUAUGAUAAAAAUAAUAUUCCAAAUGCUUAUGAAAAUUGCGCUGAAAAUGGCAUGGGUGGCUGGUGGUAUUGGUUUUGUAUUGACAGCAACCUAAACGCGCCUUAUAAAGAUGAAAUGGUCUGGUCUUAUAAUAAAUUGACAUCCGCAACUAUGAAAAUUCGCCCAUACUCUAAUGAGUAUUGAAAGUCGCUAUUAUGUUUAAUACGUAUUUAAGGAAUUACAACAAUUUUAAUUUUCUUUUGCUAAUAUUGUA